AUGGCGUCUUCUACGGGAAUCAGCAAGAUCAAGGUCAAGAACCCGGUGGUGGAGUUGGACGGUGAUGAGAUGACCAGGAUUAUUUGGCAGGUUAUCAAGGACAAGUUUAUCCACCCAUACCUCGACAUCGACCUCAAAUACUACGACCUCGGACUUCCCUACCGCGACGAGACCAACGACCAGGUGACUCUCGAUGCCGCCGAAGCGAUUAAGAAAUAUUCAGUCGGCGUCAAAUGCGCCACUAUUACGCCGGAUGAGCAGCGAGUGGAGGAGUUCAAGCUCAAGAAGAUGUGGCUGUCGCCAAACGGCACCAUCCGAAACCACUUAGGAGGAACCGUCUUCCGCGCGCCCAUUGUUAUUCCCACCAUCCCCCGCCUCGUACCCGGCUGGAAGCAGCCCAUCAUCAUCGGCCGUCAUGCUUUCGGCGACCAGUACCGUGCAAAGGACCGCGUCAUUUCUGGCGAGGGAACACUAGAAAUGGUAUUCACACCCAAGGGCGGCAAGCCAGAGGUUAUCAAGGUCUACGAUUUCCCUGCCGAGGGCGGCGUUGCGCAGACUCAGUACAAUACAACAGAGUCCAUCACCGGUUUCGCGCAUGCAUCCUUCAAGAUGGCGCUCGACAAGAAGCUGCCGCUGUACAUGAGCACCAAGAACACCAUUCUCAAGGCAUACGAUGGAAAGUUCAAGGAUGUUUUCCAGGCCAUUUACGAGAGCCAGUACAAGAAGGACUUUGAGGCAGCCAAGAUCUGGUACGAGCACCGCUUGAUUGACGACAUGGUCGCCCAGAUGAUCAAGAGCGAGGGUGGCUACAUCAUUGCUAUGAAGAACUACGAUGGAGACGUGCAGUCCGACAUUGUUGCCCAAGGUUUCGGCUCUCUCGGCCUCAUGACAUCCACCCUCAUCACCCCUGACGGCAAGACGUUCGAGGCUGAAGCCGCCCACGGUACCGUCACCCGCCACUUCCGCGAGCACCAAAAGGGCAACGAGACCUCAACCAACCCCAUCGCCUCCAUCUACGCCUGGACACAAGGUCUUGCCAAGCGUGGUGAGCUGGACAACACACCAGAGCUCGUCGUAUUUGCCGAGCAGCUUGAGAAGGCUUGCGUUGACACGGUCGACAUUGACAAGAUCAUGACCAAAGACUUGGCGUUGGCUUGUGGGAAGAAGGACAGGGCGUCUUGGGUUACUACCAACGAAUAUCUUGAUGCUGUAGAGAGGAGGCUGAAGUCGAGCCUGAAGGAAAAGCUAUGAAUGUGAAUAUGGAAUGAAAUUAAAAUUUGGUCAUGAGCGAUGAUUGCAUACAUGUACCUGCAA